CAGAGGUGGUUGGAGUGCUAGUCGUUGGGAAUGGGUCUGUUUUAUGGGGAGGAGUGAACUGGGUGUGAAUGUUGAGGCUGAUGUCAGGGUUGUUGAGGUACCUUUACCUUAGCGCUAAUGUUUGAGCCGACUGCCAAGAGAUUGUGAAUGUGCACUGCCGGGUCCUGAGCCUCACCAUGCACCUGAAGAAGAAAUGCCAGUGCAGGCCAGAAGAUUGCAUUGAUCUUCUGGAUGAAUCGGGGACCCUGAUGAACCUGAGCGAAGUGAAAAGUCCUGCAUCUGAGCUGGCCAGUAAAUACCUACAGGAGAGGCAGCGCUACAUCCUCAUCAGAGUCAUUCGAGGAGAAGGCUCGGAAUCAACCUACUACGAAUCUCUACUGGAGAACCUGGAAAACCACCAUCCUGAGCUGGCAGAGCGGCUGCAGAAGUUACCAGCACACCCUCAGCUGAAGGACAACACGAGGAGGAGUUCCAUGCAGAGAAAGUUUCGCUCACUUAAGGAACCACUCCUGGGCUCCCCAGCCAAAGUCAGAAGCACACAGCAGAGUAAGAAAGGCUCUGCUCUCUCCAGCAGGCCCACCUAGGUAGGGUAUCAGCCCUUGCGGGAACAAGGCCUCCAGCAGUUUGGAAGCAUUUUCCAGAGUCCCUACGCAGGGUCAAUGUAAGAUAGCCAGGUGUAGUCAAACUGUAGGGGAGGAUGCAAGAGGCCACUGCUUUAUAAGCAGCACACUGCAUCCUCCUCACAGCCAGACUGAACCAUAAUCAGAGACCCCCGGAACCUUUUUAAAUGGAAGGCUAGCUAGGCUCAUGCCACCCUCUGAAGAAGAGUUUAGGCCUGUCAGGGUAACAGACUAAAGUAGUACAGACUUACUUUUGGUACUAGCAACCGACACACAUGGAGCAGGUCUCUUCUGCGUGAAGGUGCCCCCUCUAUAGUCACAACCCAACCCAAGCCCCAGUUAAUUCCAAAUGAAGUGCAACGGCAACACCUUCUAACAACCCCUACUAGAACUAGGGGACCUUUGAUGUGCCAGUGUUCUCAGGCCUAUUUGCUGCAAGCCAUUUCUCCUGCACUGUAAACUCACCUCUCCUCACUCCAGCUAAGGGCAACUAGUACAUUUAUACUUUAAAAAAAAAAAAAAAGCCAGCCAGCCAUCUAUUAACAUGAGUGAAAGGUAAAUGUGUAUUGCUUUAUUCCUGUUACCACCAGUCUAGGUAUAGGAGAGCAAAGUGGAUUGUAGUCCGUCUGCUUUAUUAAAAGCUUUAUUUACAUUCCAAUGUAAGACUCUUUACGCCCAGUCAUGUAUAAUACAGAAGAGACGCAGCUUGACUUUCAAUUGCAGGUUGAGUUUGUAGGGCUGGCUAUCAGAGAAAAUAGAGUCUUGGAGACUGAGCAAAUCUGAUAUGGAAUCCUUGCAAGGCUGCUAGGCAGGAAUCCCCCCGUUUCUCUUUCACAGUAACUGCUCUGUAAAUGCUUUCAGAAAGGCCACAGUUCCAA